UAAACGUGUGGUACGGGGAGAGGCCGGUGUGGGCACUUGUUGUUGUCCAGCGUUUCUGCUGCAACGCGGUGAGUUUUAGGGUCCCGUCACUGGCCGGGCACCGGAGAAGUGAUCGGAGCAAAGGAUUCGUUCAUCGUUCUCUCUCGGUUUCUCCAUCCCUUCUUCGAAUAGGUCGCAGAUAGCCGGAGUUCGGGAAGAAAUGGAGGGUUUAGUGUGAGGAGGAGAGGUGGCAUGGGUUUUCAAUCCUUUAGGAUGAUGGAUGGGGGUGGGAGCGGCGACGAUGGGCUCAUCGAGGACCACCAUGGCGCUCUUGAAGACGAUAGCAUCAACUUCUGGGCUACGCUCGGCGUCAGCCCUCACGUUCAUGUCGUCGAUCCGGUCGCAGUUCCAUCUGCGCCCCAUCACGAGCAGUUGCAGCACCAUCAGCAACAGCAACAGCAGCAUCAACAUCAGCAUCUAGAGUUGGUGGAUCAGCCUGUGAGACGGGAGCUGUUCGCCAUGGAAGCAGACCCGAGGCUGGAGCCCUUCUUGGGCAUGGAGUUUGAGUCUGGAGAAGCAGCAAAGACGUUCUACAUUGCUUAUGCUGGCCGGGUGGGUUUCUCCGUUCGCAUUGCUCGAUCUCGUCGCUCUAAAUGUAAUGAAUCUGUCAUUAUGCUCCGGUUUGUUUGCUCGCGAGAAGGAUUUUGCAGGGAGAAGCGUGUGGUGGAAGGGAAGAAGACCAGGAAGCGUGCUGCCUCUGUUAGAGAAGGUUGCAGGGCAAUGCUUGAGGUUAUUCGGAGGGGAGACGGGAAAUGGGUUGUUACUAAGCUUGUUAAGGAUCACAAUCAUCAAGUUGGACUGCCUAGCAAGGUGCACUACAUUGCCACUGAAGGGGAUACUGAGUUGGAGCCGUAUAUGGGCAUGGAAUUUGAAUCUCUUGAGAUUGCCAAGACUUUCUACUACUCUUAUGCCAGCCGUGUGGGGUUUGAGGCCCGAGUUCGCCAGUCACGCCGAUCUUUGCAUGAUGAAUCCCUCAAAAUGCUGAAACUAGUUUGCUCCAGGCACAGGUACCAUUCGGGAAGGGAUAACAAUAGUGAGGAUGCUAAAAUGGGUCUUUUGUUGGAUCCUGCCAGAGAGGGUUGUGAGGCUUUGUUUGAAAUAAUUCGGAAAGAUAAUGGAAGGUGGAUGGUAUCUAAACUUGUGCUUGCCCAUAGCCAUGAACUGUCACCGUCACCUCCCAGCAAAGUGCAUUGUGUCCGUUCGCAAGGAGAGAUUCUUGUCAUUGCUAAAAAUUUUGAUGAUACUCGAAAUCUUCUCUUGAAUGGGCAGGACUCCCGAUAUCCAAGAGAAAUCCGAUACAAUGACUUGGGCCCUGAUGAUGCUGAGAAUCUCCUUGAGUAUUUCAAGAAAACACAAGAGGAGAAUCCUGCAUUCUAUUUUGCUGUGCAAGUUGAAGCCAAUAAUUGUAUGACAAAUAUCUUCUGGGCUGAUGCGAAAGCUCGGAUGGCUUACACCUACUUUGGUGAUGCUGUGGUAUUUGACACUACAUAUAAAAAUGAUAAGGAGUUGAUACCUGUUGUUACUUUUACAGGUCUGAAUCAUCAUGCGCAGCCUGUGGUUUUUGGAUGUGCCUUGCUUGUGGAUGAGUCUGAGGCAUCGUAUAUUUGGCUUUUAGAAAAAUGGCUCGAAGCUAUGUCUUGCCGUCACCCAGUGUCUUUGGUUACUGACCUUGAUAGAGCUCUGGCAACUGCAAUCACAAAAGUGUUCCCAAACACCCGCCAUUGUUUUGAUAAGAAGCACAUCCUGGCCACCAUCCAGGAAGAAUUGCCCGAAUUCUAUUCGACUCAAAAUCCUUUUGAUGAGGAUCUAAGGAGAUGCAUUGAUGAAUCCAAAACAACUGAAUAUUUUGAGUCUUGUUGGGACGCAAUCCUUGAUAGGUAUGAUCUGAGAGACAAUGCAUACAUGCAGUUCUUAUUCAGCAUCCGCCAUCAAUGGGUACCAGUUUUCUUGAAAGAUAUAUUUUUUGCUGAAGUUUUCAUGUCUCAGAAAUUGGAUAACUUUGACAAGGUUGUUCAGAAGUAUUUUACUACGAAGACCCCUUUGAGAGUGGCUGUUAGACAACUAGGGCAAGCCCUUGCAAAUCGAUAUGAAAAGGAAGCCCAAGAAGAUUUUGUCACCAUGUAUAAUAAACCUUUUCUUAGAACUGCUUCACCAGUGGAAAAGCAGGCAGCUGGUAUUUAUACAAGGACAAUCUUUAACAGGUUUCAAGAAGAAUUUCUUGAAUCUUUGGGAUAUCAUGUAGAUAAGAUAGAGGAUGGGGUUAUUAGCAAGUUUAGGGUUGUAAGAAAUGGGGAUGCUUACACUGUUACCUAUAAUGCCUCGGAAACAAAAGCACAUUGCACUUGCUGCCUGUUUGAGUUUUCUGGCAUUCUUUGUCGGCAUGCCCUGAAAGUCUUCAUAGUAGUUGGUAUGCGUAAGCUUCCAAAAGAUUUUAUCUUGAAGCGUUGGACUAGAAAUGCCAAGAGUGGUGCUGUAUUGGAUGAUUGUGGUGUGGGAUUUCAAAGCAAUUGUGAAGAACCUUCAACAUCGAGAUAUAGUGAUCUUUGUCGUGAUGCCAAUAGAUGUGCUAAAGAGGGGGCAACAUCUGUAGAGGUCUAUAAAGUUGCAAAGGAUGCACUUCAGAAAGCUAUUGCUGAGGUUGUUUCUGUAAAGCAACAAAAAGAGCAAGAAACCUUACAAAGUUACAUAAAAUCACAGAAGAAGCAAAGCAAAAAGCCCGGGAAGGGAUCACCAAGAGAUGCUUCCAGAAAAAGUUUGAAGAAGUUGGCACCUAAAGAGUCCUCAUUAGAAAUUGACUCAUGAUGAUCUAAUGUAUAAUCCUUCUGUGUAUGGUGGUGUUUUCUUGUUGUAUGAUCAAAUAAACUCUCUUUCUUGUUCAAUCA